CAAAGAUAAAUUACAUGUAAAUGGACACUAUUUAACCCCCAAAAAAGGAGAAGAUGCUAUAAGAAGACACAAUGGACAAAAUUACAAUGGGACAUUCAUGUUUUCUCUUGGAAAUAACCUCCUUACAUCUCAAAAAAUAACUGACACGAAAGAGAAGCCUUAUAAGUGUUUGGAAUGUGGAAAAUGUUAUAAAACAAGCACGGAACUUAGUUCCCAUGAAAGGAUUCACUCUGGGGAGAAGUCCUACAAAUGCAGAGAGUGUGGUGACAAGUUCAGAAGAUGUAGUAAUCUUAUUUCCCAUAAAAGGAUCCACUCAGGAGAGAAACCAUAUAAAUGCAUGGAGUGUGGAAAGACCUUUGCUCAGAGCAGUGGACUCAGAAACCACAAAAUGAUCCACACAGGGGAAAAGCCAUUUAAAUGCAUGGAGUGUGGAAAGACCUUUACUCGAAGAAGUAGUCUUAUUUCCCAUAAGAUGAUCCACACAGGGGAAAAGCCAUUUAAAUGCAUGGAGUGUGGAAAGACCUUUGCUCAAAGAGGUAAUUUUAUUUACCAUAAGAUGAUCCACACAGGGGAGAAACCGUAUAAAUGCACUGAGUGUGGGAAAACUUUUACUCGUAACUAUAAACUUACUAUGCACAAAAAGAUCCACACAGGAGAGAAACCAUAUAAAUGCAUGGAAUGUGGAAAGACCUUUGCUCAGAGCAGGAGCCUCACUAUCCAUAAAAAGAUCCACACCGGAGAAAAGCCAUAUAAAUGCGUCGAGUGUGGAAAAACCUUUGCUCAGAACAGUAGACUCACCAUCCACAAAAGGAUCCACACAGGGGAGAAGCCGUACAAAUGCAGAGAGUGUGGUGACAAGUUCAGAAGAUGUAGUCAUCUUAUUUCCCAUAAAAGGAUCCACUCAGGAGAGAAACCAUAUAAAUGCAUUGAGUGUGGAAAGACCUUUGCUCAGAGCAGUGGACUUAGUUGCCACAAAAAGAUCCACACAGGAGAGAAACCAUAUAAAUGCAUGGAAUGUGGAAAGACCUUUGCUCAGAGCAGGAGCCUCACUAUCCAUAAAAAGAUCCACACUGGAGAAAAGCCGUAUAAAUGCAUCGAGUGUGGAAAGACCUUUGCUCUGAACAGUAGACUCACCAUCCACAAAAAGAUCCACACAGGGGAGAAGCCGUACAAAUGCAUGGAGUGUGGAAAGACCUUUGCUCAGAGCAGUGGACUCAGAAACCACAAAAUGAUCCACACAGGGGAAAAGCCAUUUAAAUGCAUGGAGUGUGGAAAGACAUUUGCUCAGAGAGGUAAACUUAUUUCCCAUAAGAUGAUCCACACAGGGGAGAAGCCAUAUAAAUGUACGGAGUGUGGAAAGACCUUUGUUCAACAAUGUAAUCUUAUUUCCCAUAAGAUGAUUCACACCGGGGAGAAACCAUAUAAAUGCACUGAGUGUGCGAAAACUUUUACUCGUAUCUAUGAACUUACUAUCCACAAAAAUAUCCACACAGGAGAGAAACCAUUUAAAUGCAUGGAGUGUGGAAAGAUCUUUGCUUAUAGAAGGAAUCUUAUUUCACAUAAGAGGAUCCACACAGGAGAGAAGCCAUUUAAAUGCAUGGAGUGUGGAAAGACCUUUGCUCUGAGCAGUGGACGUCGUUCCCACAAAAAGAUGCACACAGGAGAAAAACCAUACAAAUGCACAGAGUGUGGAAAGACAUUUGCUCAUAAAGGUAAUCUUAUUUCCCAUAAGAUGAUCCACACAGGAGAAAGGCCAUAUAAAUGCACGGAGUGUGGAAAGACCUUU